GCACAGGUGGGUGGCACUGGUGGGCACAGGUGGGGUGGGCACAGGUGGGUGGCACUGCUGGGCACAGGUAGGUGGCACUUCUGGGCACAGGUAGGUGGCACUGCAGAGUGGCACAGGUGGGUUGCACUGAUUGGGAACAGGUGGGUGCACUGCUGGGCACAGGUGGGCGGAACUUGCGGGCGGCACUGCUGGGCACCGAUCAUCAGGGCACUGAUCAUCAGUGCCCUGAUGAUCGGUGCCGAUCCCCGACACUCUGACAACUGCCGGUUCUCGGCAUGUACUUUCCUCACGAUCUGACAGCGUGAGGAAAGUGCAGCCGAAAAAGAACCGGCACUUGCAU